GGUACUACUAGAGUACUAGGGUGGAUCUAACGUUAGAGUGUGGAAAGGAGACUAAUUAACUAUUGUUAUUAUGGACAGAUGGGGCUUUUAUUUUGAAAUCAGGUCUCGACGUCUCUUACCAUAAUACUCAGUUUACACACAAAACACAUAAAAAAGCGGGGACUCGCUCGUCUGUACUUCUCGAACUGGACGCUGGCUUGACAACAGUACCUCACUUUUCCCACUUUGUCUCGUGUGUGUUUGCGUGUGAGUGUUGGCUGCCUCGUUUUCCAGACUCGCCACUGAGAAUGAAUAUAUUCAAACGAGAGAAAGGCUCAGCGGAUGCUACUCAGGAGCUCGGCAGUGCCGUCAGACACAGCCAGAACAGGCAGGAUGAUGGAGUUGGCUCACAGAGGACGGGGGUGAUGGGUGUCAUGCAGAUGGUCAAUCCCUUCAAAUCCACUGCUCAGGCCUCCUUCACGGUUCAUACAACUCCCUCCUCAGAUUCACUGGAACAACCAGCAGACACAGCUCAGAACCCUGGUAUGCUGAAAGGGGUCAUGCAGAAGGUCAACCCAUUCAAGCCUACCUCACAGGUCUCCAAAGCACCAUAUUCAGAGUUGCCGGAGCGGGGAAAGGAAGACUCUACUCAGAACUCUGGAAUGUUGAAAGGAAUGAUGCAGAAAGUCAACCCCUUCAAGUCUUCUGCACAGGUGUCAAAGAGUGAUCCUCCAGAUGAUUCUGCAAAUCAUCAAGAGACUGGAAAAGAACGUCAAGACAAACAAAGUCCAGGAAUGAUUCAGAAAGUCAACCCAUUCAGAUCCUCGCAGCCAAAGUCCUCUUCUUGCAUCUUAUAUUUUCAGGAUGUUGAGCCUCAACACAAUGACCUCACAUCCAGCGCUGGAAGCCUGACAGGCAACAACAACUUGCCAGAGAAGCAGAACCCUGGAAGGUUCAAAGAGACGAUGCAGAAAGUAAAUCCCUUUAAGUCGUACACACAGAUUCAGGAUCAAUGUCAGAGAGAUUUGACGGUUACCUCUGUCAAGACACUGGAAAACCAAGCAGAUAUUCACAGUGACAACUCCACCAGCUCUGAAAGCCUGGAUGACAGCACAAUAGAGAGGCAUUCUGUUUGGUAUAUAGAUGCUGACACCAGCUGUGAUGUAAAAACCCAGCCAACACAGGCCCAAAGGAGAAGAACCAGGGACUCUGCAAAUGCAUUUUCUGACACUCAAGCCUCACCCCAGGAGGUAGUUGAAGUUCAGACAUUGCAAUCGGCUGAAGUACCAGUGCGCAGUGAAGGAACGGACCUGGACCCUCUAGACGAUGACGAAGGCCUUUUGUCCUGGUGGAGAACAGUCGAAGGUUGGGAUGAGUGGAAUGAGGCAAACCAGAAUGAUGAAACUGAAGAAGUGGUGGAACAAGCAGCUGAUCGCGUCUUCAUGGCCGCUCGACUUUUUGUUCGUUUUUUUAACCAACGCGGCGCCUCACUGCAGCAGCGCAUCCUUGAGCUCUUAGCCUUGGCUGAUGCAGCAGACAAUUUUCACAAAAAAACGGUCACGGCCAGUGUGGGCGGUGGAUUGGCCAGUGUCGCCGGGUCUAUCACCACCAUCACCGGCCUCAUUCUGGCACCGUUCACAGCUGGAACAUCGCUGAUUGUCACAGCUGUAGGCAUUGGUAUAGCUACAGCUGGUGGCGUGACAUCUGCUUCGGCCAAUAUCACUGACACCGUCCAUUCAAAGACGGACCGCAAGAAGGUGGAGAAGAUGAUUCAAGAUUACCAGGGGGAGAUCAAGGACAUCAAAGAAUGCCUGGAAUUUUUACAGGAAGGGAUGGAGACACUCCAGCAGUGGGACUUUGAGAAGUAUGCCGAGAGCAUCGCAAAAAAUCACUUAAACCAGGACGUCAAGCAUGUAAUCAAGGAGGGUGGUCGAGCUGGCAAAGCUCUGGUGGUCAACACAGACAGUCUGAUCAAUACUGUUCAAGUCCUGAAUGUUGCUGGUGGUGCUGCCAAAGCUGCCCAGGUGAUGAGUGUCACUACCGGAGUAAUGUCAGGCCUCUUCCUGGCUCUUGAUGUGUUUUUCCUGGCAAAGGACUCCAUGGAACUGAAAAAGGGGGCAAAAACAGAGUUCGCUGUCAAGAUCCGAGAAGUUUGCAAGGACCUACAGGAUGGCCUGCUGGAGCUAAACAGAAUCAAGGAACAGCUUCAGAAAACUAUGGAUGGGAUAGAGGUGGAGGUAGAGGAGGUGGAGGAUGAAGAGCAGUUGAAAUCUGAUCUGAAGAAACUCACUGAGCUUGAAGACUGAAGGACAGUGUUUAGAAAACAAAACAAAGUCCUCAUUGUCUUGCGUUGAUACCAAAAAUAAAGUUUAAGCAGAAAUUGCACAAGUUUCGUAGUUUUUACGGUCUGCAUUGUUACUGAACAGGCCCAAUGAAAAGUUCUCAGUAGUUUCUUAUAUUAAUAUAUUGUCAUUGUUUGUUUUAAAGGCAAUUUUAAUUAAAUGUAUUACAUUUAUUGCUGGUUUGCUGCAUUGGUGAGUUGAUCUGACUUACACUCCGCACUACUUUUAUCAGUGGACGAGGUGAGAUGACCUUUUACUCAAACGGGUGGGGUCAAAGGCCAGAAAUAAAAGAAUGUUAAAGGUCGA